AUUCAAGCUCGUUAUCCAUCUUUUUGGCGCUAUACCUCGUAGGACAGGGCUAACGAAAUUUAACACUUUUUGCUAAAUGUUGAGGGCCAUUAAAUUUCAACUUUAGCAUUUCCCAAGUGAAAAAGAAAUUUACUGUACAUCCUUAAUUCUUGCCUUUUCCCUUUGUUUUGUUGAAUAAUUCUCCUUAUUUUUUUGAGAUGACGACGGAUAUUAAAAAGCAGAAGAAAAAUGUUAAAGUAGACGGUGUCGAAGACGAAGGUUUCAAGGAAGAAACUGAAAAAAAGACGACUUCUGCAUCAAAUUCGUCUUCAGAGGACGAAGAUCAAAAGAAGGAAGCUCCUCCUAAAACCUUUAGAGAAUUGGGCGUCAUUGAAGAAUUGUGCGACGCUUGUGAGAAAUUAGGCUACAAGGACCCCACUCCUAUUCAACGUGAGGCCAUUCCAACUGCAUUGAAUAAACGAGAUGUGAUCGGACUUGCCCAAACAGGAAGUGGUAAAACCGCUGCGUUUGCUAUCCCUGUAAUCCAGGAAUUAUGGGACAAUCCUAGCGCUUAUUACGCUGUUGUGCUUGCCCCUACUCGAGAGCUGGCUUACCAAAUUUCUGAACAGUUUGAAGCAUUGGGAGGUGCCAUUGGUGUUCGAAGCGUCGUUAUUGUAGGUGGAAUGGAUAUGGUUUCUCAAGCAGUUGCUUUGUCCAAAAAGCCACAUAUCCUUGUUUGCACUCCUGGACGUUUGAUGGACCAUUUGGAAAAUACCAAAGGAUUUAGUCUGCGAAACCUAAAGUAUCUAAUUAUGGAUGAAGCUGAUCGUCUAUUAGAUAUGGAUUUUGGACCUAUCAUUGAUAAAUUUUUAAAAGUCAUUCCCAAAGAAAGACGAACUUUACUUUUCUCUGCAACCAUGACCAGUAAGGUUGAGAAGCUUCAACGUGCUUCUCUUCAUAAUCCUGUUCGAGUUGCCGUUUCUUCCAAGUUCUCCACCGUAGAUACCUUGAUUCAGCGUUACUUGUUUUUUCCUUUUAAGCAUAAAGACACUUAUCUCGUUUAUUUAGUUAAUGAGCUUGCUGGCAAUACCAUCCUUGUCUUUGCACGCACAGUACAUGAUACCCAAAGAUUGGCAAUUUUGUUGCGAUCUCUCGGAUUCAGCGCAAUUCCUCUUCACGGUCAAUUGUCUCAAAGUAAUCGUCUUGGUGCCUUAAACAAGUUCAAAUCUGGCUCUAGAUCGAUUAUGGUUGCUACAGAUGUAGCUGCUCGUGGUUUGGAUAUUCCGCUUGUUGAUGUCGUUGUCAACUACGAUAUUCCAACUGACUCAAAAGCAUAUGUUCAUCGUGUUGGUCGUACUGCUCGUGCCGGACGUGCCGGUAAAUCUGUCGCUCUUGUAACUCAAUAUGAUUUGGAACCAUUCCUUCGUAUUGAGGCUGCUAUUGGUAAAAAAAUGCAAGAAUAUGAGCAUGAGAAGGAUGCAGUAUUCUUAUUAUCGGAGCGAGUGGAUGAAGCACAGCGAGAGGCUGCCAUUCAAAUGAAGGAACUGCAAGAUAGGAGGAGGUCCAAAAAUAAUUUUCGUGCAAAGCGCAAGCAUGAUGAUCUUGAUCGUGAAGAACAAGUCUCUUAGAUUAAAGGACGCAAGGCUUGAAAAAAAAAUUUUUUUUUGUUAAAAUGAAAAAAAGGAAAGAAUAAAAAGGACAGGUUUUGAAUCCUUAUUUUUUGGAUACUAUGGUUAUGUUAAUAAUAGGAAUAGAUCAUAUACAUAAUUUUCAGGUGCGUGGAUUGGUAGCAUAAGAAAGUAGGAUACAAAUCAUAACCGUUGCUUCGUGUAUGAUAAUUUCCGUAUACGCUCAACAUACAUGCGUAUAAAACUUGAUUUAUUAUUGAUAAUUGAUUCUAUGAAUGAGGAUGACUUUGGGAAAUAUAUAUAGGACAAAGAAAUAUAAAUUAGGAGGGAAAGAAUAAACAAAAGAAAGAUUCAAUCUCUGCCAUACAUGGAUUUUAAUUUAGGAG